ACGUCACUUCCGCUUUGCAAGAGAGGGCGGCCCUGAAACUUACUUUCGUCUCGGUGAAGCGAGGAAGAACAAACCUGCCAAAAAUACUUUACAAAAGUGGUGCAAACCUACUGAACACUGCGCGUCUGUGGAUUUUACACGUUUUUUGAGCGUGAGUCGGAGGCGAAAUGGCUGAAAUGUUCAGCUGGGUACAGCCCAAUGUGCCGCAAGGCACACCAUAUAUCGAGAUCAUCGAGCAGCCCAAGGCAAGAGGGAUGCGCUUUCGUUACAAAUGCGAGGGAAGGUCGGCCGGCAGCAUUCCCGGAGAAAAGAGCAACGAUUCCACCAAAACACACCCAGCCAUCAAGGUGCAUAACUACAGCGGGCCAAUCAGAGUGAGGAUCUCCUUGGUUACCAAGAACCAGCCAUACAAGCCACACCCACAUGAGCUGGUGGGAAAAGACUGCAAACAUGGCUACUACGAAGCGGACCUGCCCGAGAGACGUGUUCACAGUUUCCAGAAUCUCGGUAUUCAGUGUGUGAAGAAGAAGGAUGUGCCUGAAGCCAUUUCCUGUCGCCUGCAUACACAGAACAACCCUUUUAACAUUCCCGAAGCCAAAGUGUGGGAGGAAGAGUUCGACCUGAACGCCGUCCGCCUCUGUUUCCAGGCAACCAUCACUCUGGCAACCGGCGAGCUGUAUCCUCUGGCGCCCGUCAUCUCUCAGCCCAUCUACGACAACAGAGCUCCGAACACAGCCGAGCUAAAGAUCUGUCGCGUGAACAGGAACUCGGGCAGCUGCCGGGGCGGAGACGAAAUCUUCCUACUGUGUGACAAAGUGCAAAAAGAGGACAUCGAGGUGCGCUUCUUCCGAGACUCGUGGGAAAGUAAAGGCUCGUUCUCUCAGGCCGACGUCCACAGGCAGGUCGCCAUCGUGUUCCGCACACCGCCCUACUGCGAUACAAACCUGAGUGAGCCCGUGAGAGUGAAGAUGCAGCUCCGCAGGCCAUCAGACCGCGAGGUCAGCGAGCCCAUGGACUUCCAGUACCUCCCUGCCGACCCAGAUGAGUACAGACUGAUGGAGAAGAGGAAGCGGACUGAGGGAAUGCUCCAAAACCUCAAACUGGGCAACGUAGUGUCAGAUACCGUCUCUCAGAGGACUUUCAAUACUGCCAGAAGAACACUUACAGCUUCAAAGCCCUCGGGCGCUGUCAGCGCUCCACCAGUGGUGAAUCCUGUGACAUGCAUCAACGUUACGAAGCCUGCGCCAAUGUUCAACACUCCUCCACCAGGCCUUCUGUUCACUCAGCCCAAAACCGAGCUGAUGCCAUCGAACGGAGACCAAUGGAAGUUUUUCAGCAAUAUCCCCGUGCAGCCUUCUGCUGCUCCAGAUCCAUCCACAGAACUCCGCACCGUCAAUCUCUCCGACCUGCACGACUUCCCCUAUAGUAAUUUCACUUCCUCCGCUCCGGAUCAGUCCGACACAAGCAGGAGAGGGGAAGGAACCGGGGCUAACGGGGCCAGGACUACGGCGGCCCAAGAGGUCCAAACCACGUUCACGUCUUUUGACAACGAUAUUCUGAAUUUCCCUAGCUUUUCUGAAGCUCAGAAUUCAGACGUGGAGAACAUAAACACUGCAGAGUUUCAGGCGCUGUUUAACCAAAGCGGACUUCCCGGAGAGGGCCCUUCGAAUGCUUCUGCGUGUCAAGCUAACGUGGCAGGAAACACAACCGCCGAUAGCGCAUCGUGUUCUGGCGGUGCAGAGCAGGCUUCGAGAAACUUAGACAACGAACACUGGAUGAGUUUCCCAUCAAGCAUCAUCAACUAUCUGCAGAAUGAGCCGAUGGUACAAUCCGCUACACCCGUGGCACCCAUUCAGCAAAUCCUUGACGAUACAGACAUAAUGACCUCCCUGGACGAAGAUCGGCUCCUGUCCAUCAUUAACAACACCAACCAAAACUUCCUGUCCGGGCAUCCCACUUAGAUCUCACAUUAGAGUUGGACUUGCACCAUCCUCAUAUCGAGACUGGAAGGGCAGCAACUCAAGAAGAAACAAAGAAAGAAAGGGACGGAGGACAAAACGGAGGGCAGAUUUUCACAGUGCUCACUGAGGGCCUUAGGACAUCAGCAUACAAAUUCAUGAUCUAAUAUGUCAUAUUUCUUCUUUCAAUCUAAGACGGUUUUCACAAAUAACUAACAGCAUUUUAUUUUAUUUACCCCGCCGUUUGCAAAGGACACUUCCUUCCUGUCCCACAGUCACUGAUACCUCUCUCUUACAAAAGCUUGGAUUUUGUAAAGAGCCUCGGCUCAGAGAAAGAGAGAGAGAGAAAAAGACACAGGGUGUCAAGAAUCCGCCACACCCACUUUCAAAACAAACCAUGAUUACAAUUGUACUAUUGAAGGUCCACGGAGUCCAAGUAUUUCAGUUACACGAUAGAAAAUAUCGAAGAAAUUCCGACACCAUCACGACGGAGAAGAAUCCCUCAAAGUGACUCUGACCUUAUUUCCUUUACGUAUAUUAUGCAAAGCCACGUGACCGAUCACGUGAUCAGUCUUUAAGAGACAAUAAUAUGGUGAAUGUAUAUCAUUUGGCCGGGAUUUUGGGGUUCGGUUCUCAUUUUAAUGCACAAUUCAGAUUUGUUCACCUGCUCAGUUGGACGCUUAUCUUUUUAAUUAUGAUCAUUUUUUAUUAAAAAACAAACAAACAAUUGGUUAUAUUAAUUUUUAAUUAAUUUUUGUUUACAUGGAAGACUAAUCUGUUAACUAUAAUAAAAUAUCACCAUGUUUAUGAGAGAGAGAAUUUCAGCAGUACAAAUUAUGGCAGUUAUAAUGCUUGUACAGCACAAGGCAAAAUUAUUGGCACCCCAGGCUUCCAUAAUAGUCAUCUAAUGUAACCUUUAUACGAGAGAUCGUGAUUUGUGAUCUGACACGUAUUUUAUUCUGCUUUCUCCUGCAUUUAGACUAAACGGUGUACAUUUGUAAAGACUAAGAAGUUACCUAGUUUAGUUUGUUAUUAUGUAACUGUUUUUUUUUUAACAUAUUCUCGACUAGCAGUUUUGUGUUUUUUUAAUUUAUUUAUUUUUUCAGCACACCCUUUAAUGAGAGUUAAAAGCCCUAAUGAUGUGUAAGCGGAUUCACCUCGUACGAUAUUAACCAACGGAGUCAGUUAGGUAUCGUGAUAGAAGACUAGGCUGGGUGCCAAUAUUUUUGGCCCAAACAUUAAGUGCAUAGUGGAAUGUGUGUAAAUAUGGUGUGAACGAAUAGGGUGUAAGAGAGAGCGAUAUAGCAAAAGUAUUUUACAAAAUGUAUCACAGAUUGGGUUGCGUGCAAAAGUUUUGACACCCUGUACUCAACGACACGGGGGUGAGAACGAAGCAGAAGUUUCGGUAACCACACUGAGGUUGUAUUUAGCACAGUGCAUUUUUUUUAAAUGUACAAGACGUGUUAAUCUGUCUGGAACAAAGGUUUUGUACAUACAAAACGGCGCAGAUUUCCCGAAGCGAAAAUGCCACAGAAAUGCAGAAACUGGUAUAAAUCUUGGCUAAAUCUCAUCACAACACUUUUCAGCCACUGAAUACUCUCUUUCAUUGUUGUAUUGGUCUCGAGUUGAGGAGAACGUGAGUGGAUCGUUUUCAUUCAGACCGUCAUGUUUUAUCACUUAUACUCUAAUUUUUUUUUAUACAAACUAGCUGAUCUGUAGGCAUGAUAUUACGUGUAAAAAAAAAAAAUGAUGUUUGUAGAUUUGAUACUCUUGUCUUAAUCAAAUAGAAAUAAAUAUAUCGUUUAUUCAAUAUAAUAAACCA